AUGAAACGCUGCUCAAAUUUGAUUCCUAGGCUAGAUAAGGUGUCGGCUGGUGAUAGUCAUACGGCAGCUUUGGAUAGCAACGGACAAGUGUGGUUGUGGGGAACAUUCCGAGGCUCAAGUGGUCCUAUUGGGCUUACACAACCUGGGGAGAUUUCCGAAACACCUCGUCCUCUUCUAGCUUACCCCUUAAAUGGUCCUGCUGAAAGCAGUGAUACUACUCCAGUCACUGAUUCCAAAUCUGGUCGGUCAAUGAAUUCUGCGGUGUUGACUCCUGGAGCAUCAGUCAUUAAAAUAGCUUCCGGUCAGGACCACUUAGUUUGUCUGACAGAUGACGGUCGUCUUUACACAAUGGGAUGUGGUGAACAAGGUCAGCUUGGUCGUGUGGCUGAACGCUUUGCUAAGGAUGGGGGUCGUUCUGGAAUAAGUUCUCUUCUGCAGCCUACGGAAUGUCGGGUCCGUGGGGCUGUUAGGUUUUCUAAUGUAUGGGCUGGAGGGUUCGGCACGUUUGCACUUUGUCAGUCCACAGGCGCCGUUUAUGCCUGUGGUUUAAAUAACUAUGGCCAGCUAGGUCUACGUGAUACCACCAGCUAUGAAACAUCAGUCGAUUCUAAUUCUCUUGAGGAGACCAUGGAAACUGAAGUGUGUAUUAAUGAAAAUGCUGCGCGAUUAGUAACUGAUCGUCAUGAGGCUGAUAGAUCAGAAGCUAGGCUGGUAGCUCGACAAGGUCCCAUCAUUCAGUUCAUGCUGACACGGGCGUUUGGAUUUGACCCAGUACGUGAAUGGCGUCAGUUUGCAAUCUCCAUGCAUCAUACAGUGGCUUUAGAUAGUCUUGACUCUACAGACAACAGAGAAACUUCUGGUGAAUUUUUCGAGAGCCCUAAUGCAAAUUCUCCAUUGUCGGGUAUUUUGACAGGGAUUUAA